GGGGUUGGGAGGGGACGGGCGAUCCAAGUGUCAAGAUGGUGAAGAUCUUCGUGGGCAACCUGUCGCGCUACUGCAGCCCGAGCGAGCUGCGCAGCAUGUUCGAGAAGUACGGCGAGGUGAGCGAGUGCGAGGUGGUGCGCAACUACGCGUUCGUGCACAUGGAGAAGCUGAGCCAGGCGACGCGCGCCAUCAAGGCGCUGCACCGGAGCAACGUGCACGGCGCGCACAUCACAGUGGGCGUGGCGAACGCGCGCACCCGCAACACCACCAAGGUCUUCGUGGGUAACCUGGCCGAGCCGGUGUCGGGCGCCGCCAUCAAGGAGCUCUUCCAGCGCUUUGGCCGGGUCGUCGACCUGGACGUGGCGCGCACCUUCGCCUUCGUCUACAUGGAGCAGGAGCGCCAGGCGCUGGCCGCCAUCCAGGCGCUGGACGGCACCCCGCUGCAGGGCCAGAACAUGUUCGUGCAGCUGUCCCGCUCCAACCCGAGCCGCGAGUCGUGGGACCUUGGAGGGGCCGGGGGCCCCCAGCAGCAGUACCGAGAGGACGCGGGCCCUUACCCGGCCUCCAGGCCUCCGCCCGCAGGCGGCCACCACCACCACUACUACUACUACGAUGACCAGCCCGGCUACUACGACCCAUACCGGGCCCCCCCUCCUCCGCCACCGCCGCCCCGAGGUGGGGGGCGGCCGCCCUUUGGGGCCGCUGCCUACCAGGACCACCGUCGUCCCCCUCCCGGCAUGAUGAGGCCUAUGCCCCCUCCGCCGCCGCAGUAUUUGAGAGCCCCUUACCUGAACGGCUACGGCUCCAGGCUUCGUGGUUACUGAAGAGUUUUGAGGGGUCGGUGGGGGUGAAGGCGGGGAGAGGGGUGGGAAUGUGAGGGGGCAGAGGGAGAUCUGUAGGUGGGGUUGGGGUAGGGCUGUCUUCUUGAUACUCCCUCACCCUACCUCUUUCUCCAUCUCCCUCCUCCUCCCCCUCUCCCCACCCCCCCCACCCCCCCACAACGCUGGCAGGCUUCUCCAAAACCGAGGAUGGGGGUAGAGAGAUAAUGAAGAUCCACUGACGUGAAUCAAACCCUUGUAGGGGUGUGGGGUGGGGGGGGCGGUGGAGAACGUGAAGAGAUCUGCCACUGGGAAAAGCCUUUGGUCUUGGGAAGUCGUGAAGGUCCCCAGGCACAAAGUGAGGAAGGUGGAGUCUAAGUCGCCACUGAAAGGUAGCAAUCUUGGGAUAGAGUGUUGUGAAUGUGUGGUGACGCAAAUCCAAGUCUUGGGGCAAGGGGGUGAGAGAGGCCUCAUGAAGAUUCACCACCAACACAUAAGGUUUGGAGGAUGUUUUCGCCAUCACUAAUGCUCUACAGAGGCCCUACUGCAAUCUCACAGCCCCCCGUUCAUUCUGUUCAGCUUUCCCCUUCUCAGUGGCAGGUUUCCCUGAUCCUUUUAUGUUUUAUGUUGGCUACCCUUCUGUGUCUCUACCAUUUCCCCCACCUGUUCUGCAAACCUGUUUCUCUGUUGCCAGGUUCCUUCCCUGUUUGAGGAGGGCCAUUUGAGUUCCUGCUUGGAAGAUAGUCACUCAUCAGCAGCGAAGAUUGUGUGGGUGGGGUGGGGUGGUGGGUUGGUGGAAUGGUUGUAGAAGGAACCGAGAUGACACCGAGCCGAGACAGGCUGCUGGAUUCAAUGUGACUUUCUCAAGGAGCAUCAGUCUGUCUGAUCCUUGUAGCUUUUGGAGCCAGCUAUUCUGCUUAUUCUCUGGGGGAUGGCUGUGGUCUAAGUUCAUUCGUUGACUUACAUUGUUCGCAGUGAGGGCUGGAAUUGGGACUCAUUCACGUCUCUGCUAUAGUGGGGGAUCCUUUAACUACAGUUUGGCUCUAGCUGACUGGAAUCACCUGGGGCUUUGGAGGAAAGGGCCAGAAAUGGGACUGGCUUUCUUGUCCUGAGGAAGUCGUCUAACUCCAUUGUCUGUUCAAGAUUCAUUGUUCUGAUUGUGGGUGGGGUGGGUCUGGUAAUGGGAAUUUAUCCAGCACUUGUAGUGGGUAUGUUCGUGGUUUAUUAAUGUCUUUGUUCACUGGGGAGGGAUCGAUUCCUGAAAUGGGAAUUAUUUGAGAUCUUAUGGGGGUGAAUUUCACUGCGAUUUGUAUGUAACUUGCAUGUUUUCAUGGCGGGGGGGAGAAUUGGUGGGCCUUUGAGCACAUGUAAUGAGGGUUGGGAUCCUUUGCUUAUUCACUGGGUUUUUUCUGGAAUGGGCUGUACUGAAACUUGUAACAGGGAACCCCAGUUGCAAUUUGCUGUGUAAUUCCUGGCUGUUUUCCUGUGAUGGGGUAGAUGGGUCUUCGUUGACUUGAUGCAUUGUGUACUUGGGGCUAGGGAAUAGUGUCUCUGUAAAAUGCUUCUUGGGGGGUGAAUUGUGAUGCGGUAGUUAACUUGCUUUGGGGUUUUUCCUGAUCUUUGAGCAUUGCUGUCUUUUUUCAAAGAAAACGGGCUCACUGUGCCGUUUUGUCAAAAUUAUAAAGCUAGUGUAAAGGUU